AAAUAACCUGUUCAUUAUCCUCUUUUGGAAAGAACUGUCCUCUUCAUAGUUCUAGUCUUAAUAGACGCGUAUGAUACCAUUGAACUUGACACAUAGCACACUGUUUGUGUUAUUGGCAUUUUUGUAUCAUACCAGACUACUCAAGAUCCGAGGACACCAAUUCGAUGACCCUUAAAACUUUGUGCUUCACCUUGGAGGCAGACAGAAAUAUUUCGUAGUCCAUGUUAGAGAAACAGAGCAAAAUAAAAUCAUUAAAGUUGAUUUGGUAUUUAGCAAUGCAAAUGAUAUAAUGGGUGAAACACAUUCAUCUCUAGAGUUUACCAAAAAUUACUCUGGUACUGAACCUGCAGUAUGUUUGACGAAGGUUUUCGAAGCACCUCAACAUGGACCCACAGGGCCAAACCCAGAGAAGGUGGUUGUAGAAAGCAAGGGUUGUGAUCAAAAAAAUAUGGAUAGACUAACAACUGAACAGGAAGAGAAAUUAAAAACGGUUGGAGAAGGAACAGAGCAUGGACAGCAACAAGAACAACAAACCCUGUCACAAAAAGAUGAUAGAGUCUCCCCUGUUGAUGAACAGACAAAUACAUGUGCCAGUAGCAAUCUUGAAAAUAAAACUGAAGUAAAAGAGAAGAGGCAGGAACCUGUGAAUGAAAACAUGAAUCAAAGUGCUGAUAUUGUUGAAAAAGAAGAAAAAGUUGUGGAAAACACCACAAAAGAGUUAAUAAAUGGAGAAUUGGCAACUUCAGAAAAUACUUCCCCUGUUUUAUCACCUUCACACAAAGCAGAUGCCCCUGUGGCUGUUGCAGAAGAUAAAAGUAUUCAAACACAAAAUGGGGACCCAGUACAGAGCAAGAAGACCAAGAAAAAAGACAAAUCAUCUGCAGAGGAGAAAAAAUUAGUUGAUUUGCUUGUUCAUGUAUUUGAUGGUUUGGAAACUCCUGAAAAGAAAAUGGAAGCACUAGCAAAAAAGUACAUUCAACUGGCAGCAGACAUGAAAUCCACUGAAAGUAAACUGGAUGAUGUUGAAGCCAAACAUAAAGAGACCAAAAGAGAAAAAGAGCAGCUACAGAUGGACUUUGGCAAAGUUAACAUGGCAAAAACUAAACUUGAGAGUUUAUGCAGGGAGUUACAAAAACAGAAUAAGGUUAUCAAAGAAGAGAUACAACGAAGGGCUGAUGAAGAAGACAGAAAGCGAAGGGAACUUUCACAGAAGUUUCAAUCAACAAUUAACGACAUCACAACUCAGAUGGGUGAGAAUCAUAAAAGAAAUCAACAACUGAAGCAAGAUAACACCGAUUUAGCACAAAAAUUAAAGGGCCUGGUUGAACAAUAUGCGGUUCGGGAACAGCACAUUGAAAAGGUUUUGAAAGCAAAGCAGCUGGAACUGCAACUGUGCGAGGCAAAAUUACAACAACAAACGCAAAUUUUGCAAGAAGAACGACAAAAUAACAUGAAAGAAAAGCAUGUGUUACUCCAGGAUUCCUUGGAACAGAAAAAGAAAGUAGAAAUGCUACUCAAGCAGGAAGCUGAACUUAAAGGACAGCUGACUUUGUACACUGACAAAUUCGUCGAAUUUCAAUCAACGUUGACAAAGAGUAAUGAGGUUUUUGCGACAUUCAAGAAAGAGAUGGACAAGAUGACGAAAACAAUCAGAAAGCUAGAGAAGGAAUCAAAUACUUGGAAAACAAGAUAUGAAAACACGAAUGUUUCAUUAAUACAGAUGGUGGAAGAGCGAACUCAAAAGGAUAACGAUAUCUUGGCUCAAAAGGGUAAAAUCGAAAAAUUAGAAAAGCUUUGUCGUGCCCUUCAAGCUGAAAGGAGAAAGCUGAUGAAAGAAGUUGAUCAGCAAGGAAAGGUGAAAGCAUCUGACAUCAAGGAGUCAAAUGAUGCAGAUGGCGAAAAGUCGUGUAACAGCACUCCAGAGCCUCCCGAGAUCGGUGUUGGUGAUGUUACGCAUGACAAUGCAGAUGCGAGAGAAGUAGCAGAUCAAGCCUGUGAUGGUAGUCAUGUCCCUCUUGAAGGAGAAACUGUUGCAAGCACGCCCAUUACGGAAGUGUCUGUCGAUGUGCAGUGAUUGUUUGUGUACAGCACAAUAUUUUAAUAGGAAUUAGUUAAUUUUCUUUGUAUAUGUCGAUAAGUGUGGGCAUUUUUGAGAUUGUUGUGUACUGUGUAUUGGAUUUUCAGGCAAGAAAUCAGUCAGAAUUU